AUGAGCCACAAACCCGCGGUCAACUCGACAAAUGAAAAACUAGCGCUUGCGUUCGACGACUUGGCGCACUACGAGUUCGAACACGGCGGGCAAAACACUCCCGUGGGUGCGUCAUACUCGAAGAUUGCAAGAGCAAUUCGCGACGCGACGGACGAAAUUACGAGCGGCGAGGACGCCAUGCAGUACCGCGAUAUUGGCCCCAAGACAGCCGCCAUGAUUGACGAAUACUUUGCAAGAGGAGAGAUUGCCAAGCCCCCAACCAAAGACGCAACGUCGCUUGGGGGGUCGCCCAGGGGCGGCAAGGUGGGGCACCAGCGCAGACGCAGCAAGAGCCGCAGUGACAGUGACGACGACGAAUCGAAGCGCCACAAGGAGCGUAUCGGCGAAAAGGCAAAGAACGCGAUGAAUCAAGGGAUGGCCAACGCAUUUGAAGAUUUGGCGGAGUUCGAGUUUAACCGGGGGCACAUAAGCGCGGGGGCGUCGUGCUCGAAAGUUGCUCGAUCCAUUCGCGACGCCAACGCGGAAAUCACAAGUGGGUUGGACGCAAUGGAACACGUGCGAGGCAUUGGGAAGAAGAGCGCUGUCAUGAUUGACGAGUACUUGAAGACGGGCAGGAUCGCGCCGAGUGACACUGCAAAAUACGUCGGAGAGGGAUCUGGUACUUAG